UGUGACGAUAGGAGUGGAAACGACGUGUCGCUUCAAUUUGAAGGGAAGUGCAAUGGAACGUGCGAAAAAAGUGCAUCAAUCUGGUAGUUCUUCUGGGUAGGGCUUGUGAAAGAGUCUUACAGAGAAGAGUGAGUGUGUGUGAUAAUAAUUGGGAUCAACUAAUCAAUCAAUUUGAAUGGCAUCAUCCAAUUCGGCUCAGCUAGAAGGGAACAAACCCGCAAAGAGAAAACCCGUGUUCACCAAAGUGGAUCAGCUCAAACCUGGAACCAACGGUCACACGUUGGUGGCUAAGGUCUUGUCCUCCGACACCGUCGUACACAAACCGCGACCCUCUUCCGCCCACAACCUCAAACCCACUGUCAUCGCCGAGUGCCUCAUCGGCGACGACACCGGCACCAUCGUCUUCACCGCUCGCAACGAACAAGUUGAUAUGAUGAAGGCUGGAGCUACAGUAAUUAUUCGCAAUGCAAAGAUUGACAUGUUCAAGGGAUCAAUGAGGAUGGCUGUUGACAAAUGGGGCCGUGUUGAGGUAACUGAUCCUGCAGAUUUUGAAGUUAAAGAGGAUAACAACCUAUCUCUGGUUGAAUAUGAAUUGGUGAACGUGGUUGAAGAAUAAUCCCAUAGAAGAGUGCAAAAAUAGCUUUAUGAUUUGUUUAUGGUGCAAUGGAUAAUCCCUAAAGGUAAAACUUAACUGGUAAUGGAUGGUUGGUAUACAUUCUCACUUUAAUUAGCCUGUAUUUCCCCUUUAACAUGCUUGACAUUUUGAGUUAAGUUGAUGUCACUUGAACAGCCUUUGUGUCAAGCGAUCAAUAUCUGCUAUUAUCUUCAUCAGCAACUGUAUUCAAUGAUCUUAAGAAAAGUAUAAUAUUUUGUUAAUAUAAUUAUCCUUAUCACCA